AACAUAUACAUACGCAUAACUUGCAGUCAUUCGCAUAGAUAUACUUGUCGUCGUCGUUGUCGUCUUCGUGUCAUUCACAAAAACAAACCCAUCGGGAGCGACUUCGCCAUCGAGAAUUCCAGCUGCGGGCGUGUUUAUCGCCAGCGUCAAAGUGCAUCGAGAUGCAGAAUCAAUCGCUGGAUCUUCUUAUUCAAGAAAUCGAGAGCAUCGACGAUUAUCUGGGCCCGACUUUCAGGGCUAUCUACGAUGGAAAUGAACAUCAAAAGUUUAUGCAAAAGUUGGACGAAAGAGUCAAAAGCCAUGACAAGGACAUUGAACGCAUGUGUAAUCACCAUUACCAAGGUUUCAUCGAUUCGAUACGAGAACUCCUACAAGUUAGAACGCAAGCCCAACAUCUAAUGGGUGAGAUUCAAGAAUUAGACAAAAGAAUAAGUUCAAGCAUGGAUUCUGUCAAAGAGAAAAUGGAGGAUCUUGUAAAAGCUAGAAAAGUUCAAAGUAACAUGGCUGCAGCAGCUGACAGUCUAACAAUGUGUCUUCCAGUAUUGGCAGCUUAUGCCAAGUUACAGAAACAGCUGAAAGAAAAGCGUUAUUACAAUGCUCUGAAAACUGUUGAACAGUUAGAAAAUGAAGACUUGCCUAAAGUAAAGAAUUAUCGAUUCUCUCUUCAGAUAACUGAAAAAAUUCCUCAACUACGCAAAGAUAUUAAAGAUGCUGCAAUGACUGAUUUGAGAGACUUCCUUGAAAAUAUCAGAAAAUACUCCCCCAAGAUUGGUGAAGUUGCUAUGAGACAUACUGCUGAAGAAUUAGAUAAAGAAGCAGAGGUGAUAGGUAAAAAAAAGAAAAGACCUCAACCUGUUUAUGCAAAUGAUGGAGAAGAAGAGCUAAGCGCACAAGAUUUAAUGGAUUUCAGUCCAGUGUAUAGGUGUAUGCAUAUUUACACAGUUCUUCGAGAAGGUGAAACAUUUAAAGCAUAUUAUAGACAGCAGAGACAACAGCAAGCCAGACUUGUAUUGCAGCCCCCAAUAAAUAUGCAUGAAAGUAUAGCUGGCUAUCAAUCUUAUGUUUAUGCAAUUCUUGGUUUUUUCGUUGUUGAGGAUCAUAUAUUAAAUACUGGAAAUGGAUUAACUACUCGCACAUAUCUAGAAGAGCUCUGGUCAAUUGCAUUAUCUCAAAUUGUUAAUGCUUUGCGAACUCAUUCUGCUUAUUGUACAGAUGCAACUUUGAUUUUAAGAAUUAAAAACUUGAUAAUGUUGUUUAAUACAACAUUGAGGGAUUAUGGUUAUUCUGUUGGUCAGCUGUCAGACUUGCUUCAAGAAAUAAGAGUACAUUAUAAUGAAGUUUUGAUGCAACACUGGGUACAAGUCUUUCGAGAUAUAUUAGAUGAAGAUGAUUUUAUGCCUAUUGAGGUGAAAUCCCAAGACGAUUACGAUAGAGUGAUUGCCUCGUUUCCAUUUCGUGAUGAAGAAUUAGAAAAAGCUAGUUUUCCAAAGAAGUUUCCGUUCUCGCCCAUGGUACCCAAAGUGUACCAUCAGGUCAAGGAGUUCAUUUAUGCUUGCUUAAAAUUCUCCGAAGAUCUGAAUCUUUCGCACGCCGAAAUCGACGAAAUGAUUUGCAAAUCGACAAAUUUGUUAUUGACCCGGACUUUUAGUGGAUGCUUGUCAUCGCUGUUUCGCAAACCCUCGCUAGCACUCCUGCAAGUCGUACAAAUUGUUAUAAAUACGGGUUAUCUGGAGAAAACUACAAAAUACUUGGAGGAAUUCGUUACUAACAUAACUGGAAAACAUCACGAAGGACAGUCGAGCGGCGGCGGUUUGAAAUCGGGCAUGUUUAGAGUUGCCAGAGAUGAUGCGGAAAAGCAAAUUUGCGAUAAAUUGAACUUGAAGCUGGAUGAAUUUCUGGGUCUCGAAAAUUACGAUUGGAAUCUUGCGGAACCACAAGGUCAUGCCUCUGGAUUCAUAACAGAUCUUAUUGCAUUUUUGCUAAGUACUUUUACGUGUUUCACCAAUUUGCCGGCGGAAGUAGCGCAGGUAGCUUGUAGAUCGGCAUGCUCGCAUAUAGCUAAAUCGAUUUUUAACAUAUUAACAAGUGAUAACGUCAAACAAAUCUCUAAAGGCGCUCUACAGCAAGUGAAUCUAGACACUAUUCAAUGCGAACAAUUCGCUGCAUCUGAGCCGGUUGCUGGCUUGCCGGAGGGUGCACUGCUGCAAGAAUUUGCAAAGCUUAGACAGCUGCUGGAUCUAUUCAUGAGCGAGGACUGGCCUACUUAUUUCCAUGACUAUUCAAACGAAUCAAAUAAAUAUAAUUUAGUGACACCUCAAAUGGCCGUAAAUUUGCUUGAAAAAUUGAGAGAAGCCGAUAAAAAAACAGUAUUUUCUGUUUUGAAAAAGAGCGAAAGGGAUAAGAAAAAGCUUUCAGAAACUGUACUCAAGCAACUGAAACAAUUGGCAUUGACAGCUCAGACAUAAAGAUUCAAUUUCAGUUUGAUCACAAAGAUUGUAAAUAUAUGCUGUAGUUUAACUCAUUUAGAUGAUCUGGACAAAAUUGUUGCAUUAUUUAUUGUAUAGAUUUUUAUAAAUGUAUUAAAGAGUUGUUUGUUAAAGUGCCUUAUGAGUAUAUUUGUGUAAGGUUGAUAAUUAGGUCGCGAUGAAACAUUUUUAAUUUUCAUUCAUGAAGCCUUGUAUUUUUUAUAUCUGUAAAAGAUUUUUAUUUUAAUUGCCUUAUGAUUAAUUUACAUUUAUAUUUAUGUGUCGCAUAUUGUACAAUAUUUUAGAAAGUAAACUGUACAUUGGACAAUUAACUAUAUGAAA